AGGUCAUAAUCUAGUGGGCUUCGAAACAAUUGCUCUGGGAAAUAAGCAACAUGAGGUUUCUAUUGAUAUUGUGUUUAAUUUAUUUUGUUGAGUGUAAAAUAAAUAAGGCUCUGACGGAAUCCUUGGGGCAGGAAGUAAUUGAGAUUGGAGCCCCGGUUAAAGAUUUGCCAGACAUAGAAGAGGAGCCCUCAGCGGAGAGUGAUGACGAUAAGUCCACGACAACUACUAUACAGGUGGCUACGAAAAAGGAUGUAUAUAGGAAGAGUAUGGUUACGUCUGGUAAAAUAAGGGAUGCCGAUAAAAAUGAAGACGAGGAGACCAGAAUUGAGAAGGAGCUCGCAGAAAUCUACAAGGACACCUCUGAUUACAAAUCCGACAGCGAAGAAAACACCAUUACGCCGAAGCGACUGAAUUUGACUGAAGACAAGCCUAUCGGAAGAGCCAGAAAAAAUUUUAAAUUUCAACCGAAUUCCAAUGACGCUAUUGAAGUUGAGAAAUUUAGAACAUCCGUUGAUGUCAUUAGUUGUGAGAAGAAUAAACUGGCUGGCACGGUGAGUCUAAGUAUUCAAAUAACAGAAAAGGUCUUCAAACGUCAUUACUUUUGA